UCAUAUUAUGGGUUGCUUUAUAUUUAUAAUUCUACCUAAAUUCGAAGUCACUGCAAAAAGCUGCAUGCUUUUUUCUUCCUCUUAAAUCCAACUCCAGUACCCAAUUGCCACCCACCACUUUACAAGUCAUUUUCGUUUUGGACUCUCUCUCUCUCUCUGCAUAUUCAUCUUCAUCUUCAUCUCCUCCAAGCUUCAAGUAAGUUACACACGCAUCCGAUCGGUUUAUACGUCUACGACCUUACCAUUUGCUUAGAACUUAUAAGACGAGGAGGUGCCAGUUGAGCUAGAGAGCUCGUUGGCUUUAUAUCUUUUUAAGACAUGUCAAGCCUAGGGCGGAGAGGAAUUCAUUUCUUUCACAAACUAAAUGCUGCAAAUGUCCCAACUGAUUUGCUAGAAAAGGGCCAAAAUCGUGUUAUUGAUGCUUCCCUUACACUUAUCCGUGAGAGGGCAAAGCUUAAGGGAGAGCUUGUCCGUGCUUUAGGGGGUGCUGUUGCAACGGCAUCUCUUCUUGGAGUACCUUUAGGACAUAACUCAUCAUUUCUUCAGGGGCCUGCAUUUGCACCUCCACGCAUUAGAGAGGCUAUCUGGUGUGGUAGCACAAACUCAGCAACUGAAGAAGGGAAAGAAUUAAAAGACCCACGGGUGCUAACUGAUGUUGGCGAUGUCCCUGUCCAAGAAAUUAGAGAUUGUGCUGUGGAUGAUGACAGAUUGAUGAAUGUCAUAAGUGACUCUGUCAAGCUAGUUAUGGAAGAGGCUCCGUUACGCCCAUUAGUUUUAGGUGGUGAUCACUCAAUAUCAUAUCCUGUUGUAAGAGCUGUUUCUGAAAAGCUUGGGGGCCCUGUAGAUAUUCUUCAUCUUGAUGCCCAUCCAGAUAUCUAUCAUUCCUUUGAAGGAAAUAAGUAUUCUCAUGCUUCUUCUUUUGCCCGUAUUAUGGAGGGUGGUUAUGCUCGGCGGCUUUUGCAGGUUGGUAUUAGAUCAAUAACAACUGAAGGGCGUGAACAAGGCAAAAGAUUUGGAGUGGAGCAAUUUGAAAUGCGAACCUUUUCAAGAGAUCGUGAAUUUUUGGAAAACCUGAAACUUGGGGAGGGUGUAAAAGGCGUGUAUAUCUCAAUAGAUGUGGAUAGUCUUGAUCCGGCUUUUGCUCCUGGAGUGUCUCACAUUGAGCCAGGAGGUCUCUCUUUUCGUGAUGUUCUCAACAUCCUCCACAACCUCCAAGGUAAUGUUGUUGCUGCAGAUGUGGUUGAGUUCAACCCACAACGCGACACUGUUGAUGGUAUGACUGCAAUGGUAGCUGCGAAGCUGGUGAGAGAACUGACUGCAAAGAUAUCAAAAUUAUAGACCCUGUGGCUUCCCUUCAAGAUUUUCAAAUUGUUCGCUGACGUACCAGCAAUAAUCAAUGCUUCCAGCAUACCAAAUAUAAGUUCUUCCUUUGGUUUCGUAAAAGGAUAUGGACUUAGAAAUAUACUUCUUGUCAGUUACCGAGAAAACUUUUUUUCAGGAUUUAUGUAUUUGGGUUUAUAUAAAAACUAGUCAUGAUAAUGUUACAACUGUUACAGUCGGUACAUUGUUGUACUUAAAUCUCCUGCCAAACAGAUAAGUAAACAACUAUUAUCUAGUUCAAUGUUGUGUUUCUGUUUUAGAGUUGAAGGUUGAACUAGAACUAAUGCUUCCCAUGUUUUGAUCACAACAUUAACUAAAUUGCUUAUGGUGUUGUAACAAAAAAAAACUUAUGAAUUUUUCGCCAA